ACCAAGCUAAAUCUCAAAUUGAUUAAUUCAGCGCAGAUUCAGAAGCAAGAAUACUCGAUUAAAGGCAACCUCCAACGCCCAUGCCCCGCCCACCUAAGCGGAUCCUACUGUACCGUACACACUGCCGUCUCAGGAACCGCGGCGAGUCGGUCGUCAACAGAAACAUGGCUGCCUCUGCAACGGGGGAAGCUCACAACAACGGCAACGUUUCCUCCCUGAGACCAAAAUGCAGCGAAGAAGCUCUUUCACAGCAAAGAGAAAUUAUCCAACCGUCCGUCGUGGAGCUAACCAAAGAAGUGCGGACUAACAUCCUCUGUACUGUGGAGGGAUGUGGGAAGAUUCUCCCUAACACGCCAGCGCUGAACAUGCAUCUAGUGAAGUCUCACGGAGUAAAGGAUGGUCUCAUCAACCCGACAGUGAGGAAGGACAUGAAGGGGAGUCAGAAACUGUACUGCUGCCCCAUCGAGGGCUGUCCUCGCGGACGCAAUCGCCCCUUCUCCCAGUUCUCACUGGUCAAACAGCACUUUAUGAAGAUGCACGCUGAGAAGAAGCACAAGUGCUCCAAGUGCAGCAACGGCUACAGCACAGAGUGGGACCUGAGGCGCCACGCGGAGGACUGCGGAAAGACCUACUGCUGCACCUGCGGCUGCCCGUACGCCAGCAGGGCGGCGCUGUUGUCUCACAUCUACAGGACUGGCCACGAGGUUCCCACUGAGCACAGGUACCCACCUGUGAAAAAGCGUAAGAUGGAGAAGCUGAUUGGUGGAGCCGCGAAGGUGAAAGCCAGCGAUUGGCCGUGCCAGCAGACGAGCUCCGACCGCCAUCUCUCCUUCGCCUCCGACGUCCUGGAUCCCGUGAAACACCCAUCCAACCCCCCCAGAACCUUCCAGAAGGUUCUCCUGCCCAAGCCCAAGGUGGCCGUGGUGAACGUGCCAGUCAUCCAGCUGGCUCACCUCCCCGUCCUCCUGCCCUCUGACAGCGGGGCGCUGCGCUCCGUCGUCCUGGCGGUGGACAGCCACGGUUCCCUCAGCACGCUCCAUCUGCUGCCCCAAUCCAUGGCAGCCGUGGUGCCCCACCUGGACGCCAGGACGCUGGGCUUCCGGGGCAGCAUGCAGGCCUCCCGCUCCAGCGUGGGUCCCAUCAGCACAGGGGUGCAGGUCAGUCUGGAGCCGGUGGGUCUGGCGGACAAUCCAGCCAGAUGUCUAGGGGGGCAGCGGGGGAGGAGCACCUCCACAAACAUCCAGACGGACAUGUCCUUCCAGGCCAGGGAGGCUGUGGGGGCCGGGGGGCUGGGGGCCGGAGGGGAGUCCUCGGUGUCCUCCUGCUCCCAGACAGACAUCAGCGUCAGCGCCCAGGUUCUCCUGCCGGUCAGCGUGGAGACCCAGACCUUCUCCUCCAGGACCAAAGCCACCUCCACCAUCGCAGCCCAGACGGAGAGCCACGUCCUGGGCCAGCUGGCCUCGUCCUCGUCCCCCUCCACCACCAGGCAGACCCAGACCAGGGAGCGGGCUGAGGAGAGGGCUCAGUUAGACCAGGCCAUCGCCUGCUCCCACCUGUUCGAAGGCGACUCCCUCAGCGUCUCCACCCAGACGGCGCUGUCCGACGCGUUCUCGGGCCACCACGGCCUCUACGGCGAGCAGGAAGAGGAGAAGUCGGCGGGGGGGAUGUGUUUCGGCGUGCAGACGGACGAGCUCCAGGCGAGCGGCGUUGCCGAUAACCAGACCCAGACCAUGGCGCUGAUCAACGACCUGGCCAACAUCCUGUCUGACAGCAUGGCCGCCCACCAGGGUCUGACGGACGGCUCCUCCGGCUCCUCCGCCCCCCACGCCGCCAUCGACUUCGAUUUUGAGGAGUUCCUGAAUGCCGUGCACAUCCAGACUCAGACGGAGGAGAGCGAGCUGGCUGCGCCCCUGGAGUCCCUGGACACCCACACGCAGACCGACUUCCUGCUGUUGGAGGGGCUGGCGGGGGAGGGCGAGGCCCGCAGCGACCUGGAGCUGGAGAUGUUUGACACGCAGACGCAGACCGACCUCAACUUCCUGCUGAGCGCCGGACACGUGCCCCUGGGGAACAUCCUGCGCCAGUCCAGCUUCUCCAUGAGCACCGAGUCAUCUGACAACGAGACCCAGACCGACCUGCCGCCCUCGCCACCUCGCCCCCCGCACCCAGCCCUCUCCGGAGGAGACCCCGCCAGGCCGCUGAGCACCACGGAGACCCAGACGGCGAGCGGGCCAUCGGAUAGCCUCGGACACCUGUUCCUAACCAGCAACGAGACCCAGACCGUCAUGGACGACUUCCUGUCAGCUGACCUGGCCUGGAACGUUGAGUCUCACUUGAGCUCUGUGGAGACCCAGACCUGCCAAGAGCUGUUUGGGCUUUUCCAGAACCCAGACAAACCCAACAGCUGAACCCCCCUCCUCCCUACACAGGGGCUACCUCACCCCCCCUCACCCCCCUCAAACAUGACAGGCUGCUGGUGUCUGGUGUCUCCUCCCCCCCUCUCCUCACCCCGCCCCAGAGUGGCCAGGACAGCUUAUCUCCAUCCCCUGGACAGUCCACUGCCUAUACAGGACUGUCAGACAGACACACUUAAGUAGGGAGACUACUAGGAACAUUCCACUGUGGGGGUCGGAACAUGUCCAGGAAACACACACCCCUCACACACAUACACACACACACAAUAUUAAUAGCACUUUAUUAUUCGACAGGCAUGAUUACCCCCCCCCACACACACACACACACACACAUACACACUCUGCCAGUACACAUGUUUAUUUGCACAUACGAUGACAUACUACUACAUGCGCAUUUUCUCUUGAAAUGUUGGUGUAUUUCAACGUUUCAUAGCUCGAGCAUUAGCGCUAGCUGUCUCGUUCGCUGUAAUGGGAAGGUAAAGGUGAACCCUGAUCAUCCUACUCAGUGGCUAUAGCCACCAAGAAUCGCUAGAAGGCUAGUUACAAUGUCCGCUGGUUGUCACGCACCCCUUGUUGAGAUGGGACUGGUAUUAGUAUUCUUGUCAAAUCUGUCUUUCAUCCCCGCAAGGUCACUAUCCUGAACAUCCCCGGGUCAAUCAGUUAGCUAGCACUAGCAGACAACGCUGUCAUCGUCGAUGAUUUAUUCAUUAGCUGGCCGUAAGUGUAUAGGCUACGUUAGCGGUUCACCGUGUAGGUAAUACGAUGCUGUCUAAAAACUAGUACACGGCCUAGAUCUAAGUCUAGCUACGCUAUUGUCACUGUGACUCUGUUGUAAUCUUGUGUGUUCAGUAACAUCGUCCAGGCCUCUUUGGGUCCGACUGAACUUUGAACAUUUUUAUUCAGUUGACGGAAUAAACCCCUUCCGUUUCAUCCCAGUGGGAUGGAGGAGUGGGGGGAAGUUUGCAAAUGUUGUCUUGAACUUGCUACUGGAAAACCCCCUGUGUUGUCGUUCCUAAGUAGGCCUACUCUUAGUUACCUCAGUUUGACCACCCUGAUUCACAAUUUUUCAUCACUGCGACAUGGUCAUUGAAUGUGAACUCUAGAAAGAGAUCCCACGUUAUAAAAUAAUUCUAUUUUUGUUUAUGUAGGUGCCUUACAGCUAUCAUUUUGGUUUAUGUAUUUUGUUGGUCAGUAGCCUACCCUGGUCAGUACCCUUAAACUGCUUUAAGAGGAAGAAAGCCGAUCACGAUCGAAAAAUAUAUAUUGUUUUGGAUGUAGCCUAAACAAUGGAAUAAUCAGCAUAGUUUUGGUCAUGUUUAAUUGGCAUGUUUGAAUCUUGGAUUUUUUUUUUUUCGACAGGUUUUCUGUUGCAUGAUCUGUUAGAAUGCCUUCGAUGAUUUGUAUUUAUAACUUUAUAGCGUCAAGGUUCUUGAGUGCUCUGCAGUAUUUACACAGUCCAUAGAUUAUUUUAUAGUGCAGGACGGUACUGUUGGAACUUUUUACAUAGAAACUGCAGAAUGUACAUGACACUGUGCCCAAUGUUACCGUGGCUGUGUUUUGCACUGUGUCCAAAACCAUUAUAUGGGACUGUUUCCUUCUUACAAUGUAUAGUCUAUACUUCUCUGCCUCCACAUUUCAUGACUGUAUAUAUAUGUAUUAUUAUAUGGAAAACACUACUUCUAAUUUAUUGUUCUUCUAUUGGGUCAAAGUUGCGCUGAUAAAAGGAAAAAAAAGAUGCCUUCUUUAGAAAUGUGUAAACUAGCCUACGGUGUAAACUCGUUAAAGUGCUUGGUUGUCUUUAUUUCUCGGUGGGGAGCGCGCGAUGCAGCCUGUGCCAAGAUGGCGUCUUCAGUUUUGUCUGUCUGCUGCCUUUGUUUUGAAUGUUGUGUUUCUGUUGCUUAACUGUAUAGAAGAUCAAAGCUAUGCUGCAGACGCUCUCAAUAAAUGAUUGAAAUUA